CGUGGGAACGACGGGCAUGCUACUCGCAGUCAAUAAUAUAAGCUCAGUAAUCAGAUAGUUAUCAAACAUUUCCGUUAUUCAUGUAUAUUUCUUUUACAGAAAUAGAAAAUCCAAGAGUGGGGUUGGUGAUUGCAUAAACAACUCCACAGGCCAAAGGAAAGGCUAUGGGCUGACUCUACCUGGACAUCCAUGUGAUCCCCGGACUGUUGAUCAACUAGCCUACUUGUCUCCAGAUUUGAGUUUGUCUGAAUUCAUCGGUCACUGUCUCACAGUAAAAAUGGCUAACCUGGAACAGUGGGUGAGCGACCGGCUUCACGACAUCCUGGGACUGAGUGACCGCUACGUGGCCCAGUUCAUGAUCGGGCUGGUCCGCAAGUCCUCCAGUUUGCCAGACUUCAUUGGACGCCUCAAGCAGACGGGGACGAUUGAUGUUGAUAACAAAGUUGAGAUGUUUGCACAAGAACUAUUCAAUAAGGUGCCACAGAAACAGGUGGUGGAGAAACCGGCCCGGGUUCUUGAACGGCAGACGCAAGAAAUGGAGCGAAAGAACCGCACCUACACCCUCCUGGAAGACAGUGACGAUGACAGAGAAGAAGUCCACGACCGGGGAAAAGAGAAAAAAGACAAGGAGAAAAUGAAGGGAAAGAAGAGAAAACACUUGAGACAGAAACAAGAGGAGAGCAGUUCAUCCAGUGAAGACGAAAAGAAAAGUGACAAGAUGACCAAAAGCCAAACGAAAGAGCGAAUGGAAGAGCAAGAGGAGGAGUGGGAAAGGGAGGAGAGAGAGCGCCAAGAGGACCUGAAGGAGAGAGAUGCUUUUGCUGAACGCGUAAAGGCGAAAGACAAACAGAACACGCGCACCAUUAUGGAGAGGACCGACAAAAAGGCUUACGAGGAGGCUCAGAAGAGGUUAAAGAUGGCGGACGAUGACCAGAAGAAAAUGCUCCCCGAGUUGAGAAAGCAGUCUCGCUUUGAGUACCUAAAGAAACGCGAAGCAGAGAAGUUAGAAGACCUGGAGGCCGAAAUAGCUGAUGAGGAAUACCUGUUCUCCUCUGACAACCUCACGGAGAGGGAGAGGAAGGAGCUGGAGUACAAGCGCACGGUUCGAGACUUGGCAAAGGACUACAAGAAGGCCGGAGCCAAGGAGAAGGAGGAGAGGAAGAACCGCUACUACAUGCCCGAGGAGACAAGGAUGAAGAACCCCCCGGAACGUGACCUGGAGCUGGACGUGGAGGAAGGCGGGGGUCCUCACGAGGCAGGCGGCGGAGAGCAGCGACGCUGGGAGGAGGCGCGCGUGGAAACGGCCACCAUGCACUUUGGCGCCAAGGAGGAGCGGGAGCGGCGCCUGCGGGAGGAGCAGGAGAAGUACCAGCUGGUUCUGGAGGAGGAGGAGAUGAUCAACUUCGUCAGCACCGCCAUCACUAUGAAGGGAACCCGCUCGGCCAAGGAGGACAUUGAGCCAGAGCUCUCUCAGGCGGAGAAGCAGAAGCAGUCUAUUCAGGAGGUGAGGCGGAGCCUGCCUGUCUUCCCCUACAGAGAGGACCUGCUCUCUGCUAUCGAACAACACCAGGUGCUCAUCAUCGAGGGGGAGACCGGAUCGGGCAAGACAACACAAAUCCCGCAGUAUCUCAUGGAAGAGGGGUACACGUCGGGUGGGCUGAAGAUUGGUUGCACGCAGCCUCGUCGAGUGGCAGCCAUGUCCGUGGCAUCACGAGUGGCACAAGAAGUCGGAGUAAAGCUCGGGAAUGAGGUUGGUUACAGCAUUCGGUUUGAGGACUGCACAUCAGAGCGAACGAAACUGAAGUACAUGACGGAUGGGAUGCUUUUGAGAGAGUUUCUCACUGAGCCAGAUCUGGCCAGUUAUAGUGUCAUCAUAAUUGAUGAAGCCCAUGAACGCACGCUCCACACAGACAUCCUGUUUGGGCUCAUCAAGGAUAUCGCCCGUUUCCGCGAGGACCUGAAAGUGCUGGUGGCCAGCGCUACUUUGGACACCGAGCGUUUCUCCUGCUUCUUUGACGACGCACCCGUGUUUCGGAUACCCGGCAGGAGAUUCCCUGUAGACAUCUUCUAUACCAAGGCUCCAGAGGCGGACUAUCUUGACGCGUGUGUCGUGUCUGUUCUGCAGAUCCAUGUAACACAGCCCGCUGGAGACGUGCUAGUGUUUCUCACGGGGCAGGAGGAGAUUGAGGCGUGCUGUGAACUCCUGCAAGAUCGCUGUCGACGUCUGGGCUCCAAGAUCUCGGAGCUCAUGGUGCUGCCCAUCUACGCCAACCUGCCCUCAGACAUGCAGGCCAAGAUCUUCAACCCCACUCCGCCUGGAGCUCGCAAGGUUGUGGUGGCCACCAAUAUUGCAGAGACGUCCCUCACGAUUGAUGGCAUCAUCUAUGUGAUUGACCCCGGCUUUUGUAAGCAGAAGAGCUACAACGCUCGCACAGGAAUGGAGUCCCUCAUCGUCACACCGUGUUCACGGGCCUCAGCCAAUCAGCGAGCCGGAAGGGCAGGCAGGGUGGCUGCUGGGAAGUGUUUCCGCCUCUACACGGCCUGGGCCUUCAAACAUGAGAUGGAGGAGACCACCGUCCCUGAGAUCCAGAGGACCAACCUUGGAAAUGUGGUGCUGCUGCUGAAGAGCUUGGGAAUAAACGACCUUAUCCACUUCGACUUCAUGGAUCCUCCGCCCCACGAGACACUUGUUCUGGCUCUGGAGCAGCUCUAUGCACUGGGUGCCCUCAACCACCUCGGAGAACUCACCAAGCUCGGCAGAAGGAUGGCGGAACUCCCCGUGGACCCCAUGCUGAGCAAAAUGAUCCUGGCCUCAGAACAGUACAAGUGUUCCGAAGAGGCGCUGACCAUUGCCGCUAUGCUCUCUGUGAAUAACUCCAUCUUCUACCGCCCCAAAGACAAAGUGGUCCAUGCUGAUAACGCGCGCCAGAACUUUGUCGUUCCAGGAGGAGACCAUCUGGUGCUGCUCAAUGUCUACACCCAGUGGGUGGAGAGUGGCUACUCUACACAGUGGUGUUACGAGAACUUCAUCCAGUACCGCUCCAUGAAGCGGGCAAGGGACGUCCGCGAGCAGCUGGAAGGGCUGAUGGACCGUAUCGAGGUGGAGCUCUGCAGCGCGCAAGGAGACACCGUACCUCUCCGCAAGGCUGUGACAGCGGGCUACUUCUACCACACCGCGCGACUCAGUAAAGGAGGCUACAAAACGGUGAAGCAUCAGCAGACCGUAUACGUGCACCCCAACAGCUCCCUGUUUGAGGAACAGCCACGCUGGCUCAUCUACCACGAACUCGUCUUCACUACUAAAGAGUUCAUGAGACAGGUGAUUGAGAUUGACAGCGGAUGGCUGCUGGAGGUGGCGCCUCACUACUACAAGAACAAAGAGCUGGAGGACAGCAGUAGCAAAAAGAUGCCACGCAAGCAAGGGAAGACACGUGACGAGCUGGGCUGACCAGGAUGAUGGGUAUUUCAAGGAGUGGACAUUCAGUGUAAAGAAGAACUGCAAAUCGAUGGGCUCCCUUUUUACUCCAUUUAUACUGUAUUUCCAUGAUGUCUCGUAGUCUGAAGAAGGGCUGUGGUGGCUCAAACCAGCUCAGAAAUAAAUUAAAAAAUUGAUUAAAACGGGAGCUCAUCGGUGUGUGGUUCCUCCUUACCCUACAAGAACUUUAUGCCUUGACCCUGCAUCCGGCCAAAAGAAUUUGGAUGUGCAAUCUGACUGGGAAGAAAUUUACAUAAAAAAAUAGAAGGCAAAAACAGCAGAGACUGACCUUUGGUUGUUUCAUUCAGAUGCUUGUUGAAUUAUUUUGAUGACUUUCUAAUGAAUAAGGUGUUUUCAGUCUAUGGAUUAUUUUUGUAUGUACCUUGAGUUUGCCGUUUUAUACAAAAGCAGGGGUGCAGUGGGGCUUGCCAGACCCCGGAAACAACCUGCUUUCUUAAGAAUACACAAAUAAAUAACUCAAAUAUUUGAAAACA